AUGGGUCUAUAUUCGCCGCCUGACGGCUCCAAGAAUCCUAGUCUGUCCAAAAUAGCACAUAAGGAAGAUCCGGAAAAGCCUGAUGAUGAUAAAUCCAUACAGUUCUAUCCGAGACCCAGUUUAGGACUACGACUUUGGGGACCAUUAGUGCCGGCCUCGGACAACAGAACCGGCCUCUGGACACUGGUGGGCAUUCAAACGGGGAUUGGGUUGUUUUGUUUCCAAAGAUUCAGACGUCUAGGUAGCAAAAUUGUGAAAAGAGAUAUAUCUGAAUUUCCCAGUUUGAAUCGGUUCUCUACUACUCACGGUAAUAUUUAUAUGGGAUCACAUACUGGUACUACCUUUGGUGGGACACAUUCAUUUCAUAGAACUGGGCGUGAUGCUCCAGGGGGAUUCUUCCAGUCUGCGAAAUUUAAUGCUUUCAAAAGAACACUGUACUUACUAAGCGGUUCCCUGCUGUUGAGUCAGUCACUCCUUGAGAGUUGCAGGCUCACAAUCUUGAAAUACGACCCAUGGUACGAAGAAGCUCACUCUGUUCGAGAAAAGCAGUUUUUCAAUGACAUUGUGCGCUUUUAUCAUGAAGGCGUUGAUCCAACAAGAUUCAAAGUGAAGGAUGCCGUUAACGGGAAGGUUCUGCCAUUGAACACCCCCGAAGUAAAGCAGAGUGUUGCGCUAGCGCGUGCUACAACUGAGGCUGACAGCUGGCUCAUAUCUUGGUUUGGGCCACUUGAAUACAAGCCUAUGACCUUUACUGAGUAUUUGGAUAAACUUGAGUAUCACCUCGAAAUGACGGAUUUCAUUCGAAGCCGGCACACAAAGGAGGCAACAACCCUCUUGCUGGGUCGAGCCGUAUCGCAUAAAAAGCAAGAACUGCAGGAUCUCAUAAAGAAGAACUCUGAGACAAGGCAACUCGUGCACUCACUCAUGGAUUCAUCUCCAAAACACAGCAUACCGGUUUCUAACGGCCCUCGCCAAACAGCUCUCAAAGGCAUCGCUUUUGACCCUAGUCUGCAAGAUCCACAGGAUAUUGAUCUGACGGAAACUUGGUCUGCAUUCAACCCAUGGUUAGACUUGGCAUUAGAAACGUCGCUAAGCAUCAAAUUUCUGCCGACAGUCUUGAUGCCCGAAGACAAUGGAACAGACAAAGAUAUUCACCCGGUAGAGAAAGAAGACCGGAAUGAUCCCAACGCUGGCCGAAACAAUCGUUGA